AUGAUUAUCAUACAUACAAGAAACCUACCAACAGACCCGCUCUAUCCGGCAACCCAUCUGCAACUUUCGUAUAAUUUUGAAGGCAGCGGCAAGGUCUUUAUUCCGGAUGUCAUCACAUCUCGAGAUCUAGUCCAGUCCGGCAGCGAGGCUGAGCCGAGUCUCUAUGAGGUGCAGGCACUUGCGGACAAAGUACCGCGCGCGAAAGUCAACGAGGGAGCGCCUAGUGCGGCUGAGGUCUACGUGUAUGCCUGGCGUGGCGAGAAGUUGCUGGGAAAGUGGAACGUGGGGCGAGUUGAGGGCCUUGGGAUCGUAGGUGUUGGCAAGUACGACCCUCGCACUUAA